UUCUUUGCAUUUCAGGGUUGUUCUUAGGCUACUGUGCCUGAUCCAGCACUGGCUAACCCGGUAGAAAUUCUGGAGGAAGAAGGGUCAGAAUCCAGUAGUAUACAUGUGGCUCAAGCCCUAUAUGAAGCCUUAAACACGAGAGACGUAGCGACGGUGCACCGCCUGCUUGCAUCGGACAUUGAGUGGUGGUUCCAUGGUCCCCCUUCACACCAACAUAUGAUGCGAUUGCUCACUGGUGCCUCUACAGACAAGCCCUUCAUAUUCUUACCUCUUAUCUUCGCCGCUAUUGGCUCUACCGUUCUCGUUGAAGGCACCGAUCAGAAACGUUCGGUUUCGUGGGUUCAUGCUUGGACGGUGACCCGUGAUGGGAUAAUCACCCAAGUCAGGGAAUACUUCAAUACAUCCCUCACUGUGACUCGCAUCAUCGAGAAUUCCAAUCAAUUCUCACCAACAUCUUCAUCUGCUUCUCCACCGUCAGCGUCGUCGGAAUCAACGUUCAAGUGCCAGCAGCUGUGGCAGAGCAAGCUCUCUAAGGCCAUCGGAAAAGACGUUCCGGGGCUUGUUCUGGCGAUCUAAUUUUCCCAAUCUCAAUCAAAGUAGUG